UCCACUGCAUUAAUUCCUCCAAUAUUUGGUUCCAUAUUCACAUCCAAUCAAUCAUAGAUUACAAAGAUCCUCCAAUCUUCCCCUAAUUAAACCCCUCACUUACUUUAAUCCUCUUCCAAAACCAACCUUCGUUUCUAGAGAGAAAUGGCGAUGAUGAGAGAGGGCGGCGGCGGGGGGAAGAAGAAGACGACGCAGGGGCGGAAGAAGAUCGAGAUCAAGAAGAUCGAGUGCUUGAGCAGCCGCCAAGUCACCUUCUCGGAGCGGCGCUCGGGGCUGUUCAAGAAGGCCAGCGAGCUCUGCGUGCUUAGCGGCGCCGAGAUCACCAUCAUCGUCCACUCCCUCGGCCACCCCUCCGCCGACGCCGUCGUCAACCCAUACCUCGGCGGCGGCGGCGGCGAUAGCGACGCCGCGGAGGUCGACGCCAGGGAAUUUAACCGCCACUACUCAGACGUGUCGAAGAAGGUGGAAGCGGAGAAGAAGCGGAGGGACGUGAUCGAGGAGGAGAAGAGGGCGGAGGGAUGCGGAGGAGGAGGAGAUAUGUUGUGGUGGGAUCAGGAUGUGGAGGGGGUUGAAUUGGAUGAGCUGGAGCGGUACGCGGCGGCGCUGGAGGAUUUGCAGAGGAAUAUCGAGCUUAGGGCUAACGAUCUCGUGAUUUCGCACUCGCUGCCGAAGGUGGUCGCCGCCGCGUCGAUGAACCCUAGCCUGUUUGGGGGAGAGAAUAAGUUGGGGACUAGUUUCGAUUUCGAGAACUGCGUUGUAAUUCCUCAUCAUCAAGGGUUUGGAUAUGGCCAGUUUUGA